AGUGACACGGGGCUGUCCCCGGGGCGGUUCUGGUGGGCCCCCGUAAGCCAUGUCCUCUGAGGGUUGGAAUUGUUAAGAUGCUCAGAGCAAAACAGAUGGUGGAGAAAUCCUGUGGGGCCUGCUGGGCACCAGAAGGGUUGGUGUCUGCUGGGCACCAGUCACAGCUGCCCUGAGCAGCUCUGUGGUCUUUGUGAGGGGAGUUCUCGGGGGUGCAAGAAGUGCCCGAGCAAUAGUUGUCUCUCCGGGGCGCAGGUUUUUUUUCAGCAAUUAAAACUAAUCUUUCUUCACUUUCCUUGGUAUUAGUCACAUGGAACAAACUAUUGAUCCAGAAGUUUGGGCAGGAUGACCUGUUGAGACCUUUUCUAGAUGCUUUCUUCGACUUAAAGGAGGAAUUGGAGCUGUUACAACAUUGUACUUGAUUUCAUCCCUGUUCCAAAUCCCAUUUUCCUCUCAUAUUUUUUGAAUUAUGUGCUGUCUUAGACAUUCUCCCCAUGGAAAUUGGGGUGGUGGGGUGGUGGUGUGUUGUUUUCCUGUCAUCACAAGUCAUCUUGUUAUUAUCAACAGGAGAAUUCUUGAAAAAAUACUGGUGCGCUACAUUCUAGAAGCUAGGCAGCCUCUUAAACAGUUUGUCCUGUUUUUAAAAGUGUGAUGCUUCACAAUGUUAACUAAAAAGUUUAUUGGUAAAUCCCUUCAGCCGGCACGACCUGUGCAGCAUCUGUCUUCAAAACAAGCAUCAGCUAUUGCAAUAAACUUUCAGACUGAAUUACCUAGCAGCCCUGAAGUAUGUUUGCAGAGUAAGGUUGACUGGUUAUCUGAAAUGACUGAAGUGAAGAUCUUAACUCAAACUAUGAUGCCUUGCCAACCAAACCAGCAUGAAUCAGAAGCAAAAAAAGAAAGGAUCAAAUACAGCAGAGAUUUCCUUUUGAAGCUUUCAAGUGUUUCUCUUUCUCAGAAGAAGCCAGAGUUUCUUCCUGAUCAUCCAGUUGUACUUGAAAAGCCAGAAAAAAGCAACCCUUUUAUUGACAUAUGCAGGAAGUGACAGGUCGUUCGGAAGGUGAGAAAUCUAUCGAUGAAGGACCUACAUAUGAUGUAGCUCUUGAAGAUUUUUGGAGGUACUUGGGUGUCUACAGAUGAAAAAGUAGGACCCCGUGAAACUUAUGGAAACACCUGUUUAUUUCUGUAAUUGCCUGAAUGCUCUGAAAGUCAAACCUUUAAUUUGUAAUACCUGAGAGGGUAGUACAGUUACAGUGAAAAUAAAGAAUUUUACAUUUUGCUGUGACAGAAUUUUGUCCUUGAAUUAUCUGUGUUAUGUAACCAUAUAGUUUGCCUGACCAUAAACUCUAAACAAAUACUUGACUGGGGCUUUUUGCUUGCUCCAACAUUACCUCCUUAGCAGUUAAUAAUGGAAUAACACAUACUGGCUGCAUCAAAUCUCAGAUAUCUUAGGGCAUGAACUCCUAGCUUAAUGGUUUUGGUUGUUUUGGGUUUUGUUUGUUUGUUUUGUUAUUGGUGGGUUUUUUUCCCUCAAAACAUGACUAGCUUGAUUUCUUCUGGUGAAACCACACCUCAAAUACUGUUUUCAGUUCUGGGCCCCUCACUACAAGAAGGAUAUUGAGGCUCUGGAGUGUGUCCAGAGAAGGGCAACGAGGCUGAUGAAGGGACUGGAGAACAAGUUUUACGAGGAGUAGCUGAGACAGCUGGGGUUGUUUAGCUUAGAGAAGAGGAGGCUGAAGGGAGUCAUUAUUGCUCUCUACAACUAACUGAAAGGAGGUUGUAGAGAGGAGGAUGCUGGCCUCUUCUCCCAAGUGACAGGGGACAGGACAAGGGGGAAUGGCCUCAAGCUGCACCAGGGGAGGUUCAGACUGGAUACCAGGAAAACAUUUUUCACAGAAAGGGUCAUUGGGCACUGGCAAAGGCUGCCCUGCCCAGGAAGGUGGUGGAGUCACCAUCCCUGGACGUAUUUAAAAGAUGGGUGCUCAGGGACAUGGUUUAGUGGCAGAUAGGAAUGGUUGGACUCAAUGAUUCAAGAGGUCUUUUCCAACCUAGUAAUUCUAUGAUUUUUCACUUGAAAUCUCCAUCUUGACACAAUAGAUUCCUUACCACUUUGCAGAUACAUACCUUCUUUCAAGGUAUGAAGUCUCCUGUUACUAGCGGUUUCACUAAAAUGAGGACUGUGUAAUGGGCAAAAAGUAAUGGGCAAAAUUGAGGAACAAGACAGAUUUUAAUCAUAUCUUACAAGGGUAAAUGGGUAUUGCCACACAUAGUUAAUUCUGUAUUUCUU